CGACACACCUGAGCCGUGGCGUCACCACUCAUCGGCGCCUGGAGCGCGUGUGGCCGAGGGGGGAGAAGUAGCAUGCGCGUUGCAGAACAACGCAGGGCCACUCACGAGCCGCCGUCGUUACAGUAACGCGUUACUACGGUUACGCAGCGCCGCCCCUUCUGUCUCCGUCUGCCGCUUUGUCUGCGCAUCCGCGUGGGUCUCCCCCCUCGCGCCGUGCGCCGCCGUGCGCGCCUCCAUCCCUCCUCCCUUCACAACAAUAGGUCCUCCUCCGCCUCCUCCACGCGCACGCGCUCGCGUACGCGCGCACGGCGCUUUCGAGGAGCGACGGCGAGAUGUUGGCGGAGCCGCGGACUGUCGCCUCGUUCCUCUCCAGCGUCACGUCGGCGAGCAGCGCAGCGGACGCGAUGCCUUCACCCGCGGACGCACCGGACUCCGUGUAAAGGGAGGGAAGAAAAGAAGCACGGCAGUACAGAGGAGGAGAGAUCUUUUGUUUUCUUCCUGCAAGCAUGACUGACUGGUGACAAAGAAACCGGGGAGCCCGCUCCAACUUGACGGACCCCCCCGGUGUUUUCGGACGCGGGGAACCGGCGCUCGCUCACUCGCUCGCUCACUCACUCGCGCAGCCGAACCUCCGUGUAAACACCACGCGUGUUCUUCCAGGGGAACCAUGCCGGUCCGCAGGGGUCAUGUCGCGCCACAGAACACAUUCCUGGGAGUAAUCAUUCGGAAAUUCGAUGGACAAAAUAAGAAAUUCAUCAUUGCGAACGCCCGCGUGCAGAACUGCGCCAUCAUCUACUGCAACGACGGCUUCUGUGAGAUGACGGGCUUCUCCCGGCCGGACGUCAUGCAGCGGCCGUGUACCUGCGACUUCCUGCACGGCCAGUUCACCAGCCGCCACUCGGUGGCCCAGGUGGCCCAGGCGCUGCUGGGCUCGGAGGAGCGCAAGGUGGAGAUCACCUACCACCGCAAGGACGGUUCAAACUUCCUGUGCGCCACCCACAUCAUCCCGGUGAAGAACGAGGAGGGCGUGGUCAUGAUGUUCAUCCUCAACUUCGACAACAUCCUGGACGAAGGCAGCAGCGACUCGCUGGAGAGACUCAACCACACCUCGCCUUCCAAAGCCGAGCAGCGGAAGGGGAGAUUCUUUCGCUUCCGUUUCCCGGCCUUACCUCUCCUGGGCAUCAGCAAGCAGUCGCUGCCCCAGGAAGACCCCGACGCCGUCAUGGUGGACUCCCCUCGCCACAGCGACGGCUCGGUGGCCACGCACGACUACCAGCUCCCCGCCACCCGCGAGAGCUGCAGUCCCUCCUACGCGAACGACACCCGUGCCCUCAUCGCCCCCAGCCACUGCUCCACCCCCGUGUCCGGGCCUUUGGACCACUCGUCGCCCAAACGCACUUGGGGCAGGAUAUACCAGGACCAGGCCGUUCCCCAGACCCGUCAACCGAGCCAGGGGGACACCUCUGUCGCCUCCCCGUCGAUCCCGGGCCUCACGCCCACCGCCUCCAGAGAGAGCGUGUGCAGUAUUCGCAGAGCCUCGUCCGUACAUGACAUGGAAGGCUUAGGCGCCAACUCCAAGAUGCCGUUCAGAGACAGACACGCCAGUGAAGACAAUGGUCGCAACAUCAAAGUGUCUCGCUCCUGGAUGGCUGGGGGGCCGCUCAGCCAAAUCAGAUCCAGCCUGCUCGGCUCCACCUCCGACUCCAACCUCAACAGGUACAGCACCAUCAACAAGAUCCCCCUCAUCACGCUCAACUUCUCCGAGGUCAACAAUGAGAAGAAGUGUCCGUCGCCGCCGUCCUCUGAAAAGACCAUCAUCGCCCCAAAGGUCAAAGUGACGCACAACGUCACCGACAAGGUCACUCAGGUUCUGUCUCUGGGUGCAGAUGUUCUGCCUGAGUACAAGCUGCAGACGCCACGUAUGGACAAGUGGACCAUCCUCCACUACAGCCCCUUCAAGGCGGUGUGGGACUGGCUGAUCCUGCUGCUCGUCAUCUACACGGCCAUAUUCACGCCCUACUCCGCCGCCUUCCUCCUCAACGACAUCGAGGAGCAGAGGCGGCGGGAGUGCGGCUACUCCUGCUCGCCGCUCAACGUGGUGGACCUCAUCGUGGACAUCAUGUUCAUCGUGGACAUCCUCAUAAACUUCCGGACCACGUACGUCAACGCCAACGAGGAAGUGGUCAGCCACCCGGCGAAGAUUGCCAUCCACUACUUUAAAGGCUGGUUCCUCAUAGACAUGGUGGCCGCCAUCCCGUUUGACCUGCUCAUCUUUGGCUCGGGAUCGGAUGAGACCACCACUCUGAUUGGUCUGCUGAAGACGGCCCGUCUCCUGCGGCUGGUGCGCGUCGCCCGCAAGCUGGACCGCUAUUCGGAGUACGGUGCCGCCGUCCUCAUGCUGCUCAUGUGCAUCUUCGCACUCAUCGCCCACUGGCUCGCCUGCAUCUGGUACGCCAUCGGCAACGUGGAGAAGCCUUACCUGGAGCACAAGAUCGGAUGGCUGGACAACCUGGGCGUGUCAAUAGGAAAGAAGUACAACUACAGCGACCCCAGCUCGGGCCCGUCCAUCAAAGACAAGUACGUCACCGCGCUCUACUUCACCUUCAGCAGUCUGACCAGUGUGGGCUUCGGCAACGUCUCCCCCAACACCAACUCCGAGAAGAUCUUUUCCAUCUGCGUCAUGCUCAUUGGAUCUCUGAUGUACGCCAGCAUCUUUGGGAACGUGUCCGCCAUCAUCCAGCGGUUGUAUUCAGGUACAGCCAGGUAUCACCUGCAGAUGCUCCGGGUCAAGGAGUUCAUCCGCUUCCACCAGAUCCCCAACCCGCUGAGGCAGAGGCUGGAGGAAUACUUCCAACACGCCUGGACGUACACCAACGGCAUCGACAUGAAUAUGGAGGUUCUGAAGGGUUUCCCCGAGUGCCUGCAGGCGGAUAUCUGCCUCCACCUCAACAAGAGCCUCCUGCAGGACUGUAAGGCGUUUCGUGGCGCCACCAAGGGCUGCCUCCGGGCCCUGGCCAUGAGGUUCAAGACCACCCACGCGCCCCCGGGAGACACGCUGGUCCACUCGGGAGACGUGCUCACGGCGCUUUACUUCGUCUCCCGCGGCUCCAUCGAAAUUCUCAAAGACGACGUGGUCGUGGCCAUCCUGGGUAAGAACGACAUCUUCGGCGAGAUGAUCCACCUGUUCGCCAAGCCGGGGAAGUCAUGCGCGGACGUACGGGCGCUGAGCUACUGCGACCUCCACACCAUCCAGAGGGAGGAGAUCCAGGAGGUGCUGGACAUGUAUCCCGAGUUCGCCGACCACUUCCUCACAAACUUGGAGCUGACGUUUGACCUCCGCGAUGAAAACGCCAAGACGUCGCACCAACAAGCCACCGACUCCAACAUGGACGACGUCAAGUGUGGAAGGCGGGUGUCGUACAACAGGAAGUCGUCCACAGGUUCCCACAUGAAGGAGCCGGCGGCCGCCAAGCAAGGGAGGCAGAGCUACGCCUCCUCAGCAGCUGAGGAGAGGAUGGAGUCGACCGAGGAGGCUGACGACCAGGAGGAGGAGGAGGAUGAAGAGGAGGAGGAGGAGGAGGAGGAAGGAGAAGAGAAAGAGGAGCAGAAGCCCUUGUGUUCUGGUGUCCUGGGUUACCCGGUCGUCAGGGAUCACUCCCUGGGCUUCGGGCUGAGCGGCGCCACAGACGCACAGGCUGGAGACAACACAGACACCCAGGCGUAUAAAGCAGAGCACCGCGCAGCCGAGUGGGUGCGUCAGCGUCCCGGCGACCACGCAGCGGAGUCGACCCGGUGUCGAGAGACGGCGGCCGGGGAGGACGACAGCGACACGGACCUCACCUACGGAGAAGUGGAGCAGCGACUGGACCUGCUGCAGCAGCACCUCAACAGACUGGAGUCGCAGAUGACUGCAGACAUCCAGGCCAUCCUGCAGCUCCUCCAGAGGCAGACCACGGCCGGGCCCCCGGCCUACAGCACCGUCACCUCCAGCCCCGAGUACCAGAGGCCGGCGGUCAGGGUGCAGCCGGUGUGCGUCGUCCCGACGGAGCUGAGCCUCGGCCCUGCGCCGCCUCCGCCUCAGAGCCCCGGCCCAGAGGAAGUCCAGGACAAAUCCAAAGAAACCUCCCCAGUCCUCCUGCACGCACAGACUCUUCCAGACGGGAACUUUGCCGGACUGCCCGAGAGCGACACGGACUCGGACCGGAGACGGACACAAAACGACGUGCGCUCUCUCGAGCAGCGGCACCAGGAGCCGCCGAGGUUCCCGUCCGGCCGACAGGCCUCUCUGCCAGACGUCCCCAGCAGCUCAGGAAUGUCGGGACUCCAAAGGCCAGUUUCUGACCCGGGGCUUCCAAGCCAGUAGGCCUCGCCCCGACCUUUGACACUUGUCUGACUGUCUUCUCUCAAGCUCGACUCAGGGUCUAAGAAAGAGACUGAAUAUGCAAAGGAAAACAAACUCUAGACUUUCUUCCAUUUCUUUUUGGGAAACUCUCACGGCACCGCCCCUUCUUCCUACUCUGUGGUUUAGAUGUACACAGUCGGUUUCUACAGAGCUAUUUAUACUCUCUAUAUUAUUAACGUGUGUGAGGUCAUCAUGUACUGUACAUACUCCAAGUAGAGCACUGCCAGCAACACGAGGCACCUGACGGACCUUUUCUAAAGACCUGCAUGUUUUAGUUCCUGCCGUCUUUUCUUUCCCUGCAUGUUCCUCACUCGCACCUCUGCUCACCAGGUGAGUUCCUCGGCAUGUUCACUCUCCACUGUAGCUGACAAGUCACGUUUUCUACGGCGCCUCGCUCGUCACGGGGACGAAAGCUACUUGAAACUCUUUUCUAGGCAUUUCCAUAUUUCCAGCUAAAUCUUUUUAGCUCCAAAACAAUUCGACGCAGCUCACGGGGAGACCUGUGCCUACUGACUGUUCACCUGACACCUGAAAAAACCUUCUCCGUCACUCCGGCUCACAGAAACACGACGCGGCGCAUUGAACGUGCACAACACGACUUCAGUCGACCUUUUAGAGCAAUAAUGACGAACAUGUACAGGAAAACACAGCGCUGUGUUUCCAGAACCGAUUUUCUACAACCUGAUAAAAGAGCAGCUUUUAUGUUGAGAUUGAAUUUAUAUCGGAUCAUCAAAUGGAGAGGUUGAGGCGAGUGCGUGAAAUCAAGAACAAAAAAAACUGCAUGAAUGAAGUUGUUAAUUCAUAGGUUUGUGAAGAACUUUACCGUCUGCGUCAUGUCGACACCACGUCUGCAUGUUGCAGUCAGAACCGAAGGGAGACGCCUGUCGAGGCAGUUUGGGGAUUUUAAAGAGCAGAAGAAGAAUCUUCUUACAAAAUGACUUUUCUUUCUUCAGUAUUUGGUUAUUUCGUGAACCCAUAACUAGACGGGGACAUUGUCCUGUUGAGGUGCAGCUUAACACCCCGAGAUAAACUUGCUUCUCCAUCACUCUGUCUACCAUGAUACAUUAAAUAAUUAUUCUAUCAAUAAUUUCUCCACUAUGCUCGACUGCAGCUUGUCGAGUUUACUGCCUCACCUUUUCUCCCAGAGAACAUAGCUGUUGUGAUUGUGGCCAGAUUAACGCCACAGAACUCCUCCCCAAAGACCACUGGUCCCUUGGGACCUUAAGUUCCAAUGACAUGUUCAGGAAUCCCACAAAAAACAGGUUUAACAGAAACAAAACUUUAUCUUUUUUAAGAAACAUCCGCAGUCUUUAUGAUCCUCAAUCUGCCUCGACACAAACGUUGUAUAAUCGUAUGUAAAAUAUUAAUAUCUCGACUGCUGGGACAGGAAGUUAGAUCCUGAAUCCUUUUCGGUCGCAUGCUUUACGUCUUCCAUUAUCUUCUCGUAAUCAUCAGAAAGAGAGAACAGCUCAGCCUUCGAAUAGCCUUAGCUUUGUGAGCCUCUCUGAGUCCAGAGCAACACAAACCUGCUUCACACAUGUAAAUGUAUUGAACCACGAACUGCAUGAAGUCAAUGAAGUAGUCAUUUUAGUUUUCUAACCACACAAACUCCAGCACACGCUCAUAUUAUUGCAUGGAGACUCGACUGUGCGUGACACGUGUCUGGAGAUGACACUUCCACCUAUUUUUCAAAAAAGAAAAGCGUUUCAUUUGCCAUUAUUUUUCUAUAUACCUGAUUUAUGUUUUUUCCUUCAACCCCCCGAUGAUGUGAGUUGGACUGUGAUGACGGGACGAUGAUGAAUGCAGCGCAUUCGGCUCAAUGUAGCAUAGCAAGACUUCAGCGUCAGGCAGCAAGUUAAAGCCGAGGUGUUGCGUUGGCCGUUGGAGUCGAUCGUCGUGACGACGCAUAUUGCACAUUGACUUUUGUAUCAUUUCUGCAGAGUUCCCACGUCGACCUUCUCCCCCCGAGUUAGUUCGUUGGUUGAACCUCGACACUUCAAACGAGUUGGGGCUCGGUGCGCUGGAAACCUGCUUCCUCCUGAACCCUGGUGAGAAGGUGUAGGCUCAUGGCGUGAAAGCCAACCAGCGUUGAUGUCACUGAUGAGAACGGGCGAAUAUUCAUGGUGUGUGGCCAAAAUUUGCUUAUAAAUAUAAUUAUAUAUCUUAUGACAUAGAUGUAGAAUAUAUAUAAAGUAAACACAACCCGCAAAUAUUGGCCCAAUCUCUUUCGGACGUCAGGAAAACCACGACGCUAAUUGGCUUUUGGCGACAUCGCAAAACGUAAGCUCAAGUUCCAAUUUCAAACUUAAGCGGGUGACAAAGUCAUCCGCGACUUUGUACGUGACCUCAUCGCGUGAAACAUUUGGCUUCGCGUUUGGCCCGACUGCAUGUGAGCGCAGAGAAGUGGGAGGUGAUGAGGAACCUUCACGCGACAGGACGAAGCAGCAGCAGAACACGGGGCGCUUUCCUUUCUCCUUCUCGAGCACAGAUGUAGAACAAAAGUUGCUGAAGUCGACGCGUCGUCUGCUGAACUUUCAUGGGAUUUGCAAACUUUUGCACAGAUUAGAAAACUUACUAAACUUACUAAAGUUUCACCUUUUGAAUCCAGUACUGUUCACAAUUGUUUAUAUGCAUUUUUUUUAUUUUUAAAUGUUUGCCACUGUAUUUUAUACAAUGCAACACUUAACAGCUAAUUUGAAUGUUUCCGUUCUGAACUAUAUGUAAAAGAAAUGAAAUAUAUUGUGUAAAUAGUCUGGGGGGGGGGUGCUCAAUUGUAUAGAUAAAUAAAACAGAAUGCAU